UGACUAAAGGCUAAUCGAGUGCUUGCGUGUAGUACUAUACUACUAUACUCGAGUUGUACAACACUGCUAAUUUUUGGCAACCACUUGACAUUGAGCAAUCUCACCCAUUUAAUAAUGGGAUGGUCCAACUAGCACGGUGAACUAAAAUAAACUGCUAAAUGUGUUUUGUUACCAAAGCUUCGGCAAAUACAAUAUCUUAUUAUUACAAUUACAUGCAAUUACUUGUGAAGGACGGUGGAAUCGCAGGGCGGCCUCGGACUGGUUUUGUACACACGGUAGGCUUACGUACUGCUGUUUGGCAUGUUUAGAUGAUGUGCAGUGUACGAAUCUCGUGAUAAUCCGGCCAUUCAACUUUUUUCAAGGCGAUUGUGUACAAGCAUGUUUUAUUUCUCCAUGCUAAGUGACGUGCCAUGCGUGUGGGUGGUAAUCAGGUUAUGAACUGCCCACCUCUUUCAAGGGUCCUGCAAAAAGGAUGUGGCAGGCUGCAGGCAGAGGCAGUCGCUAUGUCUUAAUUAAAGUCACCCUUGCUGCAUCUGGUGCAGAUGUCCUGAUAACCAACAAAUCCCACACAGGUUGAGAGACCGCUAGUCACGACACUAGUUUGAAUUGAACACAUCAAGUAACCAUGGCAGAAACCGACGCCCUGUUGUCGUACGUAGCACCCAAGCAUUCACACCCAAGCUUGACCAAAUACGAUACUGUCAAUGGGGACCGUGACAUCCUUAGUGCGGAGACCCCAUCUCCUCUGACGAACAGCUUGAAGAAUGAGAGGGGAAAGCCCAUGACAGGAGAACACGUGGUGUACAAAGCAAGGUGGUUCAUUCUGGCCGUCUUCUCGCUACUUUGUAUGUUGCAAGCAGCAGCGUCGAACGCAUGGGGUCCCAUCGCAGACACAGCCAAGGUUGUGUUGGACUGGACGGAUGGUGACAUAGCCCUGUUGGCCAACUGGGGUCCCAUUACAUUCGUAAUCACCAGCUUUUUCUUUUCCUAUCUACUUCUCAUCAAAGGUUUCAGGUUUUUCGUAUUAUGCAGUUCCUUGAUCUUCCUAUUGGGAGUCGCUAUACGGUGCAUUCCUGUCGGUGUAGAAAACGUGAAGUGGACAAUGAACGCUGGCCACGUUUUAAUUGGCAUAGCUGGUCCCGUUAUGAUGUCAGCACCAACUGAAUUAUCAGCGGUCUGGUUCCCGCCUCACCAACGGACUACGUCCACGGCCAUUUCUAUGACCUCAGCAUUUUUUGGCAUGUCCAUGUCGUUUCUGGUGGGGCCAUUAGUGGUCACAAGUCUUCCGCAAAAUGCAAGUUCACAUGCAGAAUCCAUAGACCCAAAGGAGAAAGCACUGUACUUCAAUGAGAUAAUGAAGUUAAUGUAUAUAGAAUGUGGAGCUGUGGCCGUCGUGGUCAUCGCGGCUCUAUUGUACUUCCCUGAGAAGCCACCAACCUCACCCAGCUUAUCUGCCACCAAACCUCGGGAAAGCUUCAAAGAUGGAGCCCUGAAGAUGAUCAAGAGCACCCAUUUUUGGAUUCCUGCGGCAGCCUACAGCAUAUCAUCUGGAGUUUACGGUGGCUGGACCACGCAAAUGGACACAAUUUUCAAGACUACUCUGAAUAUAGGACAGGACACUGUUGGUUGGAUUGGAUUCAUCUCCAAUAUUGCCGGGAUGCUGGGAGGCUUGAUAGUUGCAAGACUUGUAGACAUCCUAGGCGGUAGGAUGAAGGCAGUAUUGAUUUCACUCACCAUGGCAGCCUUCGUUAGCUGUGUAUGGUAUGUCCUACUCUCAAUGAAGUAUAUCUCAUAUAGUUUAGUGAGCGUCUACAUUGCAUGUAUCUUCUUUGGACUUUUCAUCAAUGCCUCCUUCCCCAUAUACUUUGAGAUCACGGUCGAGGGCAUGUAUCCUGUCUCAGAAGGCAACAUAACAAUGGUGAUGACAUUCGUGACCAAUGUGGUUUCUGUGAUAUUCCUGUUGCCGCCGAUGAUUCCAAAUCUAAGUGUGAUUUGGAUGAACUGGCUCCUUCUAGGUUCAGUCUUUGUGUGCUUGCCUCUCCUCAUGAUGUAUAAAGAGCAUUAUAAUCGUCUGGAUGAAGAUAUGACGGAAAGUAUCCAGAGAGGAUAACAAAUGAUAUUGUCCUCUUCUAGGGCUAAUUUCAUAUUUGAUUAUUCUAACUUGGACUUGAUUGAAUAUUCAAAUAUAUGAAAUGCACCGAUCAAAAUUAACUGGCACUUGAAUUAUCAUGUUUUUAAUUCAUAAUUUUCUCUCAUUAACUAAGUUAUGAACUUGCCAAUGAGACGUUGCACACAAAUCUUCAGACAGUAUUAAGGUUAAGUUUGAAUUGGAGUGACUUGCUCCAAGUUUUGACAGUUCUAUAUCCCCCUGGACUGUGUAGAGUACUAAGUGUAAUACAGCAUUAUUACAUUUAAAAAGUACAGUUUUUCCCCACAAUAAGUGGGUAUGUGGAAGACUGACGUACUAAUUUUGAAACUCGUAUUUGCUUGUAUUCCCACAUACUUCUCAACCAAGAAGUAUUGAGGGCAUUAUUUCAUUUAAUUGUUUAUUUUUAUAAUUAUUCACCGAAGUAAAAUUAAUUUUGUUUUAAAAUCAACUAACUUGUAAUUAAUAGAAUGUUUUGAAGCGUUAGGGUUGUAAAAGGAAAACGGUGCAAGACAUGACUUUGACGGAAUGCUUGCUUU